ACUGCAAACGGCAAUACAGGACAUGAUCGGGUUCAAAGGACAAGUACAAGAGGGUCUGUAUCACACAAAGGAUGUGUUUGCAAUACUAUGGAACAGGGUCAAUGGUACUGCCUGUUUGGUCGGCGUUAGUGCAAGUCUUGCAGUCUAUUGGUUAAUAAAGAAGACCAGGUACCGCCUUCCACCGGGACCAGUAGCUCUUCCAUUGGUCGGCAACUAUAGUCUUUUGGGAGACUCAAGGCUACACGAGACAUGUGCCCGGCUGUCAGCUAUUUACGGACCCGUCAUCACUAUACAGAUAGGUCCACUGAAGAUGGUGGUUUUGAAUACAAUAGAAGCCACAAUAGAGGCAAUGGUAACCAAGGGAACCGACUUUGCAAACAGACCCGUGACUGCAUCAGGGAUGUUGCUAAGUGAUGGCGGCAAAAACAUCCUCCUGUCACAAUACACACCCACCUGGAAACUUCACCGCAAAAUUGCCAGCAAGGCUCUCAGAAACUCUUUACGAGGUGAGAAACAGGAGACCGCUUUAGAUGCCUCCAUGGCUGAGUUUAUUACACUACUGACGGCCACUGAGGGACAACCCUUCACCCCUCAUGCCUACAUAGACCACGCUUUGUUCAACUUAAUGAGUGGACUCUGCUUCAAGAAGGUAUACCAAUUCAACGACAAAACGUUUAAACGUUUUAUAGACGUUGACAAUGAAUUCAUCAGAGAAUUUGGACUCGGUCUUAUUGAAGAUGUCUUUCCCAUUUUGGCAAUCUGGCCCAGUCAACGCUUUCAAAAGGUCAUUGGGCUCCUGACAGAAAUCCUACAGUUUACAUAUGACAGGUUUCAAGAACAUGUGGAUGAUUUUGAUGCAGACGACAUCAAGGAUAUCUCGGACUUUGUGAUCAUGGCACGUAAAGAAGCCGAGGAAGAGGAGAACGCUGAACUGUUGGACCAGUUAACAGAUGAGCAUUUACGACAGAUAGUGACUGAUGUUUUCUUUGCUGGAUUUGAAACUUCACGUUUUACACUAACCUGGGGCCUGCUAUACUUGGCCGGUCACCCCGAGGUACAGAAGCGGGCCCAGUUGGAGAUGGACGAGGUUGUAGGGCGAGCCCGACUUCCCACACUAAAGGACCGUUCCUCCCUUCCGUACACUGAAGCUGUCCUCCAUGAGGUGAUGCGAGUAGCCACGGUCUCACCGUUGGGAAUCCCGCAUGCGGCCCGUGUCGACUCCAUGAUUUGUGGCUAUGAUAUUCCGAAGGGUACAACGGUGGCCAUCAACCACUGGGCACUUCACAAUGAUCCAAGAUACUGGGACCAACCUCAGAAAUUCAACCCCGAACGAUUUUUGACUUCUGAGGGAAAGCUUGCUCCAAUACCUGACAGUUGGGUUCCAUUUUCCGUCGGUAGGAGAGUGUGUAUAGGAGAAUCUGCAUCAAAACCAGAACUUAUACUAAUUCUGUCGGUUAUCCUUCACCAGUUCAACAUUAAAUUACCGCCAGGAGUCGCGGCUGACUAUUCACCAGAAGCGUCUGGACUAGCGGGAUACAUUGCGAAUAGAUAUAAGAUCCAGGCUGAGAAAAGAGAAUAGGUCCAAUCUUACAGUCUAUGGAUUGGUGUUGAAAACUAAAUAGUUAUGCUUUUCGGUUAUCCAGCUUUCUUCUAGUCUACAGGAGAAAGUGUUUCAUAACUGAUUGUCCCUUUUAGCUAAUGUAAUUAUGGAUUGUUCAUGGAAAAAAGAACAUCAUUUUGUAUAAAAAUCAGUGUGUAUAACAAAUGUAGCUCUGAGUAGUAAGCUUAAACAAUAUUUACAUUUUUCAAAACCCUGAAUUCAAAUAAAUGGAUUUUGUUUUAAAAAAUGGACAACGUUGCAACGCCUCAAUUAAGUGUAAACAUUGACCAUGCAGCAGUGGAAGAGAUUGUAACAUUAAGGAAGUAUUGUAAAUAUGGUUAUCGCACAACAAUGGCGGCUAUAUCCUCAAUGUAUGGCUACUUAUAGUCAAAAAGAAAAUAUCAAUAAUCAGAUGAUAGUUUAUAUCACUAUGUCAACAAAACGGAAGUCAACGUCGUUUGAUACGAAUCAUUUUAAAUGAAAUGUUGUUACGAAGCAAAUGUACACCAGGGCCCAGUUGUUCAAAAAUCGGUUAGCUUAUAUAAUCACUGUUCAACAACAUUUUUUCAACCUUCUAUUUCUUCGUCAAUAUAUAAGGUAAAACCUCACAAUUUUGAAUGUAAAUUCACUCUACUAAAUAUGUGAUAUCUGGAAAGUUGUAACUUAUUCAAUUGUAGCUUUUUAAGAUACACAGAAAUCAAAAUUUUUGCUGACCACUGAUUUAGCUAAUCAACUUUUGGACAACUCGGCCCAGAGUGUAAUAUUACAUCUCAUAGUCAUAAGAAAAAUUCUAAAACAGGAAUCAUGGAAACAUCAAAUAAAUGAAAGACAUCACAAAAUACCACAAUCUACAG